AUGGAUUGCCUCUUCCCAUUUCUCUUGUGCUGCAUUGUCCUUCUCAUGCCCGCCGUCUUCCUCCUCCUCCACCGACGGAGCCACUCUUCAGCCGCCGCCCGCCUCCCUCCGGGCCCUCCCGGAUGGCCCCUGUUCGGCAACAUGUUCGACCUCGGCCCGGAGCCCCACAAAACCAUAGCCGGGUUGAAAAAGGCCUAUGGGCCCAUCAUCUCGCUGAGAAUCGGGUCGAUCAAGGCCGUGGCCCUCCUCGAUGCCCAGUCGGCGUCCGAGCUGUUCAAGAAGCACGACGCGGGCUUUGCCGAGCGGGCCAUCACCGACGUGAUACGGGCCACGGGCUUUGACCGGGCCUCCAUCUCGCUCUCCCCCUAUGGGCCCUAUUGGCGCAUGAUGAAACGAAUCGUGACGGUAGAUUUGCUGAGCCAGCGGCGGAUCGAUGAGAUGGGGCCCGUCCGGCGACGGUGCGUGGACGACAUGCUGAGGUGGAUCGGGAGGGAGGCUGGGCCCAGGCGGCCCGUACAUGUGGCGAAGUUCGUGUUCGUAGCGUUAUUCAACAUGAUCGGGAAUUUGGUGUUGUCGCGAGACUUGGCGGGCCUAGAGUCUGAUAUGGCAUCGGAUUUUUUCGAGGCCAUGUUGGAGGCGAUAGAGUGGUCGGGCCAACCAAACGUGGUGGACGCGUUUCCAUGGCUAUGGUGGGCCGACCCGCAAGGGUUGAGGCGGAACGUGAAGCGUGGGUUGAAGAAGACGUUGAGGAUUGUCGGGGAUUUUGUGGCCGAGAGGUUGAGAGAGAGGCAGUCGACGGGUGUGGAGGGAAUAAAGAGGGAUUUUCUCGAGGUGUUGCUUGAGCACCAGAGGAACGAAGAUGGGGAGAUGGGUACAAUUUCCGACCACGACAUCAACAUAAUUGUCUUGGAGUUGUUCAUAGCAGGAACAGAAACAACUAGCAGCACGAUUGAGUGGGCCAUGGUCGAGCUUCUCAAGCAUCCGCAAGCCAUGACCAAAGUCCGAGACGAGCUUCGCGCUGUGGUUGGGAAUAAGGGAGACAAAUUCGAAGAGCAACACGUGGAUAGCCUGCCUUACCUGCAAGCCGUGGUAAAGGAGACCCUGAGGCUCCACCCGGUUGUCCCACUGCUGGUCCCCCGACGGGCAGCCCAAGAAACCAUUUUCAUGGGCCACCGAAUUCCCCGAGGGGCCCAAGUGUUCGUGAACACGUGGGCCAUAGGACGGGACCCGGAGUGCUGGGACGAGCCCAUGUCAUUCAGGCCCGAGAGGUUCCUUGGGUCGAGAGUCGACUAUAAAGGGCAGAAUUUCGAGCUGAUACCGUUUGGGGCCGGGCGGAGGAUUUGUGCCGGGAUCCCGCUGGCCCACCGGAUGCUGCACCUUGUGCUCGGAUCGUUGCUGCACGAAUUCGAGUGGCGGGUGGACGGGCCGGACCGGGUCGGGCUGGUUGAUGAGAGGGAGAGAAUGGGGGUGGCGGUCAGGAAACUAUACCAGUCAACGCCAUCACAAACCAACCCUGAACUCUCUCAGCAAGCUUCUCAUGGAGAAGAUCAAGCACAGCUUCGUGGACGUCAGAGGUUUGAAGCUUCACAUUGCAGAAAUCGGAACAGGCCCACCGGUGGUCUUUCUUCACGGUUUUCCGGAGAUUUGGUAUUAUGGAGGCAUCAGAUGACGGCAAUCGCCGGCGCCGGAUUUCGAGCCAUAGCCCCAGAUUUCAGAGGCUAUGGCCUGUCCGAAAAGCCAUCGGAGCCGGAAAAAACAACGUUUAGGGAUCUUGUGGAUGAUCUUGUAGUGAUGCUAGAUAUACUUAACAUCCCAAAGGUCUUUCUGGUGGGGAAAGAUUUCGGAGCAAGGGUCGUGCACCAUUUUUCCCUUGUUCAUCCAGAUAGAAUUUUGGCUGUUGUAACACUCGGUGUACCAUUCCUUCUCGUGGAUUCAAACUCACUCCAGAGACAUCCCCUCCCGAAUGGUUUCUACAUGCUUAGAUGGCAGGCAAAUUACGAACCGGGGAGAGCUGAGAAGGACUUUGGAAGGUUUGAUGUUAAGACAGUUGUGAGAAAUAUUUACAUUAUGUUCACAGACAGUGAACUCCCAGUGGCCAGCGAGGAUCAAGAAAUAAUGGACUUGGUAGACGAAUCUACCCCUUUGCCAGCUUGGUUUACCGAACAAGACCUUCAGGCAUAUGCAGAGUUGUAUGAAAAAUCUGGUUUUGAGACGGCACUGCAGGUCCCAUACAGGGGGUGGCUCGAAGACUAUGGAGUUGAUGAGCUUCAAGUUGAAGCUUCAUCUCUGUUAAUAAUGGGAGAGAAUGAUUACGCUCUCAAAUUCGGAGGACUUGAGGAUUACAUUAAAAGUGGAGCCGUCAAAAAUUAUGUUCCUGAUUUGGAAGUGAUUUCCGUGCCUCAAGGAACCCAUUUUGUGCAGGAGUAG